AUGAAAAAUGGAACUAUUCCAUCUUGUAAAAAAAUCAUUGUUGAUGGCAAAGAUGCAGUUGGUGUCUGUCUUCUGGGUGACCCUGCCUAUCCCCUGUUACCCUACCUGAUGAAGGAAUACCCUGCAGGAGGCAGCAGCAUUGAGGAAAAAUACUUCUCUAAUCGUCUUUCCUCUGCAAGAAUGCCAAUAGAGUGUGCGUUUGGACGUCUAAAGAGUAGAUUCUCUGCACUGAGACGUGAAAUGGAUAUUUGUAUUCAAGAGUUGCCAAAUGUCAUAUAUGCCUGUUUCAUCCUUCACAACUUUUGUGAACUUGAACAAGAAAAAAUGCAUGAUGAUGUUGUACAAAACACCAUAAUACAUGAUGGCCAGUUACAGCCAGCAACCUUGAAAAAUUGUGGUUCUGGGGAAGCAGAGGGCAAAAGAGCAAGGGACAUUUUCAAACUCUAUUUUAAUAAUCACUAG